AUGGCUUCAGAAAAAAAUUCAAUAAAAAAGGGUUGCAUUCAUCACACCGGUGGGAAUGAGUCUCAGCUCCAAGAUAAUCUUCGGCGUCAAUCAAGUUCAUCGAACACCAACACGAACAACAAUGUGCCACGAUCCCGUUCACAAUCCACUACAGAUGUUGACACAACUGCUAAUCCAAGCUCGAAUCCGAAUCCAACUCCGAAUCCCGACUAUCUAACAAUCAGCAGUCAUCUGCGUAGUAGUAUAUGCUUUGGUUAUCCAGUGUUACGUGGAAGUCAUACAAAAAUCGUUCACAAUCCUUAUAUUUUCAAACUACAUUUUGAAACGGUGGCUUUAGAACAACAACGAAAUCCACAUUCAUUUCGUCGCAAAAAAGAUUGGCUCGGUCGAUGGACCGAAGCAAACAUCGUUCGUAAUCGUCUUUUGAAAGAAAUGGUUGCUGCUCAAAAGAAGACUUCUGCUUCUGGAGCACCAGCAUAA